AUGGCUAGUCUCCCGUCGCAACACCCCACCCUCUCCCUCCACCUCUCCGACGUCACCCUCACCCCGCUCAUCACCUCGGCCUCGUCGCAAUCCCAUCUCGAAGCCCUCACAUCUCUCACCUCCAGCGCACUCUCUUCCCAGACCGCCGCCCAGCGACUCGGCAUGGGUCGCCCUCAUCGCCUCAUGGUAGAGUACCCUGACCGCGGACCCGUCGUGUUACACUCGUACCUUGAUCCCCGCGACUCCAUCGACACAACCACCAACAAUGCUGUCGCGACCACCUCCAGCCGUCCGGGUUCGGCGCCUGGUUCAAGUCAUGGCCCCGACUCAAGAGCACCUCGGUCCGAACCAGCGCCGCCGUUCCACGACGACCCGCGCUCCGAGGAUGCGGCUCCGCUGCUUGUGAGUGUAGUCGUGGCUGGGUCCGCAGACGAGGCCAGAGAAGCCCGCCGCGCAUCCUCCAGGUUGGAGCGCGUGGGAAGAGAGUUUCAAAAGGAGUGGGCCGCUGAGAGUAGUCAAGACCGCGCAAACGAGGAUGGGCCGGAAUAA